AGUCAGAGAGAGAGAGAGAGAGAGAGAGGGAAAAAAGCAGCAGCAGGAGGAGGAGGAGUGUGAACAUUGCGGAGUUCUUGGGGAUUCCGACAAUAUACAGAUCAGACAGACUCAGUCCCGACGGUCGCUUUUGGAGCCCGAUGAGUUUUUGGACUCUACUUCCAUUCGGCGCGGUUGACGGCGCACGUUUACCCGCAGAAAGCGCUCGGAUAGCGGAUUCAGGUUCCCGUGUGGCCACAUUCGAGAUCAGAGGAGCAAACAGGCAACACUGAGCUCUUGGUUAGUCCCUGAAGAACUGCCAAAUAUAGAGCAUAUGCUUCAUCAGGACAGAGAAACCUCCUCGUUCCUCUGAAUGCGCUCACAACAUCAUUUUAAAGCAGUGUGGAUUUACUCAUUGAAUGCACAGCGAUGCCGUGUUUAACGUUACCUGUAUGCAAAACUUUCUGACUGAAAAGAGACAAAGCUGCUGGAGUUCUCUGCUCUGAUCAUUUAUGGCACAGAUCUUACUGAGGCAUUUUCAGUAGUUGUAAAACACCACAUCAGGGCAUAUUACUGUUGAACAUGACUCAUGGGGUGGAGUCUGGCCCUGAAACUCACCAGGAUUCUGCUGCUUUAACAUAUCUGGAAGGUUUGCUAAUGCAUCCGGUCAACACUGGGCCUGCUGCCACUGCUACACAAAGAUCAGAACCUGUCCACAACAAUGAAGAGAAUGCCAACAGCGUAACCAGGGCAUUUCAGCUGCACAACCAUGGCGCCCUUUCACCAGAAAAGGGUAGCCCGCCUAGUGCAACCUCGCAGCACCUUAAAAAAGCCAGGCUGCUUCGUUCAGGAGCAUGGAGUGAAGACAGCCAGAAACAAUCAAGCACUGGAGUGGAGGUAAAUGGACAGAGAAGGGAGCACUACAAAGGAGGCCUGGAUGGCUCUGGGCAGGGAGAGAGCACCUUGCUGGCUUCGCUGCUGCAGUCCUUCAGCUCUCGGCUGCAGAGUGUCGCCUUGUCACAGCACAUUUCUCAAAGCCACAAACAGCUCGACAGAGAGAGCAGUGAAAGUGCGCCUGUUGAUCCUAAGGAAACCUACCAGAGUUACGGCACAGCAUCAGGCCGCCUGAAAAGCCUCAUGAGGAAAAGCAAGCAUCAGAACCAUAACACUGUGCCUUAUUGCCGACAGAGCAACCAGAACCGAGGCUCUGAUUCUCCUCGGUCCUCACAAAACUCUGCCCAGCCCACAAGCUCUGAAUCAAUGUCUUGCACAGAACGACUCAAGGCUGUUGCCAGUAUGGUUCGGACAAGAUCCAGUCCGGCACCUUCACCCAAACCCAGUGUCGCCUGCAGUCAGCUGGCAUUGUUGCUGUCCAGCGAGGCUCAUCUUCAGCAAUACUCUAGAGAGCAGGCUUUAAAAGCACAAUUAACCAGUCGAUCAGCAAGUGAGAGGCUAGCUGCUAUGGCUACUCAACAAACACAGGAUAACAGACCUCCCAGCAUGGGACAGCCAACAACCACCCCAGACAUGCUAAGCUCCUUAAAUGCUCAAAACGGAACAAUCCCCCCAUUAGUGGUUAACUCCAGCAAAAGCAGCCCUUCCCUUUCCUCACCCUCCACGAGACCCCCUAAAGAGAGACGGCCUUUUGACAGGCACGGUCGACCGCCACAGAACUGCAGCAGUCUGUUGCUUCUACUUCUUAACAAUCACAACUCCCAACAGCAGCUCACCAGAAACGGACACCUAGAGGAAGACUGCGGCAUCCUCCCAAGCUGUGCCUCUUCCUUGCAGUCUGACAGCGAGUACUCCAACCCGGAUAACAGCCUGACCAAAGACAGCAGUGAUGCUGAGAGCUUGUCCAGCUGUUCCCCCAUCGACCUUUCCAUGAAAAGCAGAACGUCUUGCCAAAAAUUUGAGCCCUGCUAUUCCUUGCCCCCCUUGAUGGAUAAGCUCACAGAGUCUCUCGUAAACAAAUGGAAGCCGGAAACUUCUGUGCCAAAGGUCCACGAGGCCGUAGAUCUGGAUACCAGCCCGGACAUAAAAUCCCAAGAUAAGGUCACUCUAAUGCAGUUACUGCUGGACCGCAGAAAUAAUGAGAAGGUAAACAAAAGUUCAGAUCAUCCUGGUUUGCGGUCUGAUUCAGUAAUCAGCUGCUUGACUGCAGGCUCACUUAAACGCAUUGGCACACCAGAGGACUCCAGGACACAGAGCCCUCAGGACCGGCAAGUAGCUAGCUUCAGCUCAGUCUCCCCUUCAUACUCCUUCCCCUCACCCGUUGCCCAGUCCAGUCCUUUAGAUCUCUGCAAGUCUAAAGCUCACUCAAGUGAAAAGAUGGAGCCGCCGUUCAGUGCCAGCAAGCUACUGCAGAAUUUGGCCCAGAGUGGUAUAAAGAACUUGUCACCUUCUCCCCCUCCUUUACACCCUCACAAGUUGACAAGCAAAAGGCAAAGUCCAGUACUUGAGCUUGGAAAGCCCCAGGCCUUCUUGAAUAGACUUGUCACUCCAGCCAAACAGAACAGUCCCCCUGUAUUGGACGAAGGUUCCCCCAAAUGUGAGCAAUCACUCUCUUCAUCAUUGCAGAUAGAAAACCUUCUUGAGAAGCGCACAGUACUGCAGCUUCUACUGGGAACAGCCUCCCAAAAGGAAAAAAACAGUGGACACAGAGUCUUAGAAGUUACCUCAAGGGGGAUGGAGAAGGCAAGGGUGGCUCUGCUAAGUGUGACAGCUCAAAUGGACCUUCUCUGGACCCUAACAUCAAAAAGGAGCCAGUAGAAGAGAAUCUUCAAUCAGACCGCUUUAAUGAUGGGGUGCACCACCUGAGUAGAUCAUCACAACACUCCCCCAUUGCUGAAGUACAGGACACAAUCAAAUCCGAGCUAUGUCCCACAGAAACAGCUGCUAAAUUUGGACUUCUCAGCCAGCUUUUGAAACAGCAGAAUGCCAU